CAUGGUUAAGUCUUCACCAGAACCACAACACAACUCUGAUAAACUAAUAAAAAUACUACUACAAAGUCUUUUUGAAGAACAAAAUUUAAAAAAGUCAUCAAAAGAUGAAAUUUUAGAAUUUUUAAAAAAACUAAAAAAAUAUUUAAAAAAGCAUAAAAGAAAAUUUAUUUGUAAUGAAGUUAAAAUAAAAAUUUGUGAAUUGUUAAUGCUUAAUAAGAACUAUAGGAAAUGUUUAAGAGUCACUAAAAAAUUAGUAAAAAAAUUAAAGAAGAUUGAUGAUAAAAUAAAGUUAAUAACUUUGUAUGUAAUUGAAAGUAAGGUUUAUUAUUCUAUUAAAAACAGUUCAAAAGCUAAAAGUGCAUUGACAAGUGCGAGAGCAUUAGCACUAGGUUUGUAUAAUCCUAAGAUUAUGUCAGAGAUAGAUAUGAGGAGUGGUAUGUACUCUUGUGAUGAUAGAAGCUAUUUGGCUGCAACUGCCUACUUUUUAGAAGCUCUAGACAUCUCAAAAGACUAUAAAAAUAAUGAAUAUUUGAAAUGUUUGAGUUACUUAAUUUUAUGUAAAAUUAUUUUAAAAAAAUUUGAAGAAAUUAAUGGAAUUUUUGAAAAUAAAAAUUAUAGAAUUUGCAUAAAUGAAAAAAUAAUAGAAUUUAUGAUGAAAAUUAAAAAAUCUUGUGAAAAUAAAAAUCUUAAAAGUUUUAAUGAACUUUUAAGUGAGAAUUAUGAAAUUUUAGAUGACUUUUUAAAGAAACAUUUAGAGUAUUUAUACGACUUAACCUUAAAUGCUAACAUUUUAAAAAUAGUCAAACCUUAUUCACAACUUAAGAUACAAUUUAUCGCAGAUAAACUAAACUUUGAUAAAAGCUUAGUAGAGAAUAAGCUUAGGUUAUUAAUAUUAGAUGGUAAAAUUCAUGGAAAUAUAGAUCAAAGCAUGGAAGCUUUAAUUAUUAGUGAAAAUGUCAAAGAUGAAAAUAUUGUUGAAGCUAGACAGGUGGAUAAAUUGUUAGAAUUUACAGAAAAUUUGUAA